UCCAAUCUUUCGUAACAACAACAGCGGAAUAUUUUGCAGAACUGAAAGCAUUUCUUUCAGUACAGUGACUGAUCUCGCAGGGGUUUGCGCAACUAUUGUUUAACCCUGAUAAACGACCUGCAACAACUAUCAAGGAUGGCUGUCAAAGUUCAUAUAAUUUACUGUGGUGGAUGAGGGUACAGGCCCAAGUUCACCAAACUCAAGACGUUGCUUGAGGAUGAAUUUCCAGGCGAACUUGAGAUUACCGGUGAGGGCACACCCUCUACCACCGGGUGGUUUGAGGUGGGAGUGAAUGGAAAGUUGGUGCACUCAAAAAAGAAUGGAGAUGGAUUUGUUGACUCCGAUGCAAAAAUGAAAGCAAUCGUGAGUGCCAUUGAGAAGGCCACAGGAAAAUAAGCUGGUCGUAGAGUUUUUCUUCUCUGUUUGUUUGUCUCUUAGGCAGAGCAACAAUGAUGGUGACCUCCAAAGUGUUUUCAGCACGGAUGUUGCCUGAUGCUAUCUGCUCUUCUUGGGAGAAGACUUUCAGAACAUGAAACUCUAUGUUAAACUGCAUUAGAUAACAGCUUUAAUGGUUGGAAAAAUAAGGGAAACUGUAAAAUUAGAUUUGAACAGAAGAUAUCUUUUUUGGUUUAUGUGUACUUCUGUUAUAAUGCACAAGUUAACGAUUUAUUUUGGUAUUGUUCUCAAGUUUGUUUUGUGCAAAAGUUAAUAAAAGUUAAUAAAAAGUAAAAUAUU